AUGAGUGGAAAACAAGAAAUUCAAGAGUUUUGGAUAAAUGAGUUUAGAAACGACGUUGAAGAUGAAAUUGACCAAAUUCAACUUCAACUUUUUGAGCAAUGGCAAAACUAUCGUGAAGAAGAUCAAGGUUCUGCCAACCGAAAGAAGUAUUUAUACCGAGAUCGUGAAGAGGGUCACAUGCGGCUCUACAAUGAUUAUUUCUCCUCUGACCCCGUAUACGACAUUGAAAUUUUUCUACGGCGUUUUCGCAAGCGAAAAGAAUUAUUCCUUCAUAUACGGGCUAUUCGCCAACUGGCAUAUGGAAUUCAUGUUGAUCAUUACGAUGAGUAUCUAUGUGUUGCUGAAUCAAUAGUGUUUGAUUUUUUUUGCCAAGGUGUGAUACAAAUAUUUGGUAAACAGUACUUGAGAAAGCCAAAUGCUACCGACAUCCAGCGAUUGCUUCAAAUGCAUGAACAAAGACAUAGAUUUCCAGGUAUGUUGGGUAGUCUUGAUUGUAUUAAUUGGGAAUGGAAAAAUUGUCCUAUUGCUUGGAAAGGUCAAUUCACUCGAGGUGAUCAUGGGUUCCCGACAAUUAUACUUGAAGCAGUUGCAUCUAUAGACUUGUGGAUAUGGCAUGCAUUCUUUAGGAUCGCAGGAUCACGUAAUGAUAUCAACAUACUCAAUGACUCCAAUUUAUUUGAUAAUGUCUUACAAGGGAAGGAACCACCAGUUAAUUUUAAGAUAAACGGUACACACUAUAUGAAGGGAUAUUAUCUUAAUGAUGGUAUCUAUCUGGAAUUUGGCAGCGUUCGUCAAGAGCUUCCUUUCCCACAGAUGGAAAAAGGAAAUUGUUUAAGAAGUGAAAAGAGAGUGCAAGAAAGGAUGUUGAAUGUGCAUUUGGAGUACUUCAAUCUCGUUGGUCUAUCUUUAAAGGGCCAUCACGAAUGUGGUAUAAAGAACAACUAA